GGCCGCAGCGUCGGGUCGGAAGCUGAGAGGCUGCUGCGGCCGGGAGUGCUCCUCGCCACCUCCCCGCUCCCUCUGGUGCAGGAUGGGAUUCAGGCUGUAGAGACCGAGGCUGUCACGGAUGGCGGGGAAGUCUCCAAGAAGAGGAGGUUGCUGUUUACUGGUGAAUGGAGUGUUUCGAAAGCGGUGAAGCCAGGUCAUCCAUUUCUUCUUUUAAUGUGUCAUGUGAUUCUCCGAGGGAGCUGCUGUGUGAGUGGAAAUGCUCUCAGUGGUGGAGAAUGGACUGGAUCCCCGGGCUGCCAUCCCGGUGAUCAAGAAGAAGCUGGUGGGAUCGGUGAAGGCGCUGCAGAAGCAGUACGUGUCCUCAGACACGGCAGUCACUAGUGAAGACGGAGAUGCCAAUGCCAUGUGCAGCGCCCUGGAGGCCGUAUUUAUCCACGGCCUGCACGCCAAGCACAUCCGAGUCGAGGCCGGAGGGAAAAGGAAGAAAAGCGCCCACCAGAAGCCUCUUCCUCAGCCCGUCUUCUGGCCCCUCCUGAAAGCUGUCACUCACAAACACAUCAUCUCGGAGCUGGAGCACCUGAUCUUCGUGAGCACAGACGUGGGCCGCUGCCGGGCCUGGUUGCGGCUGGCCCUCAACGACGGCCUGAUGGAGUGCUACCUGAAGCUGCUCCUCCAGGAGCCGGCCCACCUGAGCGAGUACUAUCAGCCCACAGCGCUGCUUCGAGACGCCGAGGAGGGGGAGUUCCUCCUCAGCUUCCUGCAGGGACUGACAUCCUUGUCCUUCGAGCUCUCCUACAAGUCCGCCAUCCUAAACGAGUGGACGCUUACCCCGCUGGCUCUCUCUGGGCUUUGUCCGCUCUCUGAUCUUGACCCCCUCACUACCUCUGGGACAGCACUACAGCGGAAAGAGUCUCUGGAUUCAAUUUCCCAUUCCUCAGGCUCAGAGGACAUCGAAGUCCAGCACUCAGGACACAAGAUCCGACGGAAUAGGAAGCUUACAGCCUCCUCCCUCAGCCUAGACACGGCCAGUUCGUCCCAGCUGUCUUGCAGCCUAAACUCUGAUAGCUGCCUACUCCAAGAGAAUGGCUCCAAGAGUCCAGAACGUUCUGAGGAGCCGAUGUCCUACAACUCAGACGUGGGGACAGCAAAUGCUGAGGAUUCAGACCUGUCUCUGCAAGAGGUGCUGUCGGAAUUCAGCAAAGCCCAGGUGAACUCUGUGCCAACCAACGGACUGGGCGGACUCGGUGGAGAAGCAGAUAUUCCCACUGGGCGGGCCUCACUCUCCCUCCCUGGCCCGGAGGCCAGCAUCCCGUCUGAUGGGCCCGCAGAGCCCCUCCCGGCGCAGGCGUCCCCUGUGGCUCUGGAUGGGCAUCACAAGCAGCACCCCCCUGCCUGCGCCUCUGGCGCCCUGGGCCUGCCGCUGUUGGGCACUGCCCAAGCUCUCCCUCUGGGAAGUGCUUUGGGCCAGCAGCCUGGCAGUCCCAUGAGAGUGCCGGCCCAAGCGCUGGCCCAGGGGAGUGGCCAGCAGAAGCCCCCGGAGGAUGAUGGAGCUGCAUGGAGCCUUGGGGUGUCCUCACCCACCAGUCCGAAAAGCAAGAGCUGGAUCUCCGAGGAUGACUUCUACCGGCCUCCCCAGGAGCCGCCCCCAGAGAGCCCCUCAGAACGUUCCGUGGCUUCUUCUGGAGGGACGCCAGAGUCGAGGCCCAGUCUCCUCCGGCAUUUUUCUCAAGGACCAAGAAAAAGCUUCUCCACGGGGGCCUUAGACAAAGCAUGCGUGCCUUCCCCCGGCAGCAGGAAGAGCAGGACAGCCGUGGCACAGGAGCAUAAGAACUUCCGGGUGGUGCACCGCCGGCAGAUGGGACUGUCCAACCCGUUCCGGGGUCUCAUGAAGCUGGGCACUGUGGAGCGGCGGGGGGCCAUGGGCAUUUGGAAGGAGCUCUUCUGCGAGCUCUCCCCCCUGGAGUUCCGCCUCUACCUGAACACCGAGGAGCGCGUCUGCGUGGAGACAUGCUCGCUGCUGCGCUGCGAGUCUGUGGGGCCUGCGCACAGCGAUGGCCGAUUCGAGCUGGUCUUCUCCGGCAGGAAGCUGGCCCUGCGGGCAUCCUCCCAGGAUGAGGCCGAGGACUGGCUGGACCGUGUGCGGGAGGCCCUGCAGAAGUGCCGGCCACAGCAGGAGGAUGAGUGGGUGAAUAUCCAGUACCCCGAGCCGCCUGAGGACCCCCCGGAUGCCCCCCAGGGCGGCCUCCCCUCCCACCCAGACCUGCUCCCUGAGCCUGAAACCCUCCAGGCCACACAGUUCUGUUGGUCCUCUGCCCAAGAUCCCGAGCCAGACGCUAUCAAAGAAUCCCUUCUAUACCUGUACACGGACAGGACCUGGAUGCCCUAUAUUUUUUCCCUCUCCUUGGAGUCUCUGAAAUGCUUCCGAGUGAGAAACAACGAGAAGAUGUUAAGUGACAGCCAUGGAAUUGAGACCAUCCGAGACAUCCUGCCAGACACGAGCCUUGGGGGCCCCUCCUUCUUCAAAAUCAUCACGGCCAAGGCCGUCCUGAAGCUGCAGGCCGGGAGCGCCGAGGAGGCCGCCCUGUGGAGGGAUCUGGUGCGCAAGGUCCUGGCGUCCUACCUGGAGACGGCCGAGGAGGCCGUGACCCUGGGCGGGAGUCUGGACGAAAACUGUCAGGAGGUGCUGAAGUUCGCCACGCGGGAAAACGGCUUCCUCCUGCAGUACCUCGUGGCCAUCCCCACGGAGAAAGGCCUGGACUCCCAGGGCUGCUUCUGUGCAGGCUGCUCCCGACAGAUCGGCUUCUCAUUCGUACGACCCAAGCUUUGUGCCUUCUCUGGCCUCUAUUACUGUGACAUCUGCCACCAAGACGAUGCCUCGGUGAUUCCGGCCAGGAUCAUCCACAACUGGGACCUCACCAAGCGCCCGAUUUGCCGGCAGGCCCGGCGGUUCCUGACGCAGAUCCGGGCCCAGCCCCUCAUCAACCUGCAGCUGGUGAACGCCUCGCUGUACGAGCACGUGGAGCAGAUGCGCCUCGUCCGGAGCUGCCGGGAGCAGCUGAAGCUGCUGGGGGAUUACCUGGGCCUGUGCCGAAGCGGGGCCCUGAAGGAGCUGAGCAAGAGGCUCAACCACAGGAAUUACCUCUUGGAAUCGCCCCACAAGUACAGUGUCGCUGACCUCCAGCAGAUCGCAGAUGGGGUGUACACAGGCUUCCUCAACGCCCUCAUCGGAUUCGCCUCCCAGCAUGUCUACCACUGCGACCUGUGCACCCAGCGCGGCUUCAUCUGCCAGAUCUGCCACCACCACGACAUCAUCUUCCCCUUCGAGUUUGACACCACGGUCAGGUGCAGUGAGUGCAAGACCGUCUUCCACCAGAGCUGCGAGGCCGUGGUGAGGAAGGGCUGCCCGCGCUGUGCCCGCAGGCGCAAGUACCAGGAGCAGAACGCACUCACCUAAGCCAGCGUGCUGUCCCCACCCGGGACCACCAGGCGGGGACACCCCGCUCCUCUCGGCCCUCCCAACUGGGUUUGGCAUCAGCCUGGAUCCCCUCAAGGUGUCACGGCUGUCUCCCCUGUCAGGAAGACUCAGAUGUGACCAGAGCACGAGCCUACCCAAUGAGGCCCUCGAUGAUGUCCCCCAGUCCCUCUCCCGCCCGUCUGCUCCAAGAGGUGGGGACACCAUCAGAUGCCCCCUCGUCCCAGGGGAAGCAGGAAAGGGAGCUUUGCACUAAUCAGGCCCCCAGCUCGCCUCACAGACGCGACACCUCCAGGAGGGCUGUUCAAACACUGUGGACAUGAGACUUGGGCACAUUCUCGAUUCCACAUUCCUGAUUAAAAGGUCUAGUUUUUUAAGACAGGUUUUUUUUUCCCUUCAUAUUUCAACAGAAAAUAUUUUUUUAUUCUUGACCCUACACAAGUCACCCAAGAAAUCCAGGCAUUCUCAUGUGGAGCAAACAUGGGGGAACAUUUGGCCCACGGGGAGGCCACCAGGGGGCCUGAGCCUGUCAGCCAGACCGGGCGCCUUUUCCCUCCCGCACACCGGGCCCUCGCUGCCCACAGCUCAAGUACGUGCCAAACUGCCGGGGAGCUGGCGGGAUUGGUCCUGGUGACCGCCUUCUUCCUCUGCCUCGCCUCUCUUCACCCUGCCCUGUCCUCCUCCCCUGAAAACCCCAUCACCUUUUUCCGGGUCAGAGCCCCCUGGCUCCCCUAUGGUCUGGGAUCUCGGUCCCGGUGGGAGAAGGGAGUGACUCGGAACCAGCACUGUCAGCACUUUGCGCCUUCCUUGGUCCAGGCCAGGGUCAUCUUCCCUCCCCCUCAGCCCCUUGCCCUCCUUGCCUACCGCAGACAUCCAGCCCGAUGGCUGCUGGAGACAUGCUGUCAGGGGGACACUCCUCCCCCAGAGAGGGCAGUGACCCCGGGCCAGGGCCGGCCUCGGGCAUCAUGACUGCCAGGCUCCGCACUGUGCAGUGGUGACCCCUGACCCUGCCCUUCCACGAAGAGUGCCAGGCCUGCUGCAGAGAUGGACGGGGACACAUGGGAGCGGCCACCUUGUGGAAGGAUGCCCAGCCUCAGUUUACAAAGCCAUGGCUUCCAAAGCCUCGCUGGACUGGCCCAGGAGGGGCGCUGCCAGUACUGGAAAAGGUCACUGGAGGGUGAUUGCCUUUUCAAGGGGUCUUGGGGUAGAGUGGGAGCCUGGAAUUGUUUUCAAAAUGACAUUGAAACCCUGUGGUUUGGGGCGAUUUCUCUGCUGCCUUCUCCCAUCUCCUCUGGACCCACAGCCCCCCACCUCCCACCGGGGUGUUCUGCCAUCCUCUCUGCUCUCAGCUUGGAUGGAGGCCUCCGGUGGAGGUUGCCCAUCACUUUUAAGAGAUGAAUCUACUCCCACCGCUCCCUUGGGGUGAUUCGGCUGCUGAGUCACCUGCCCAGCCCUGUGGAGCGGGGUAACUUGUGCAAUAGAACAGAGGAGGUUGUGGGCAGCAGGGGAGGGGAGGGCUGCCACACGGCUUCUCUGUCCCCGUCACGGAAGAUGGUGUACGCCGAUGCCUAGCGCACCAAAGCCUUCUAAAUGGGAAAGUGGGUCCUUAUCUCUGUCCCGCACCCCCACAGCCAGCAUUAAUACUCCCCCACAAACCCAGCCCGAGAAGAGCCGCAGGUGCCCCAGUCCCCAGGUGGACAGAGGCUGGCCAGGGACGGAUGGUGCGACCGGCGGCCACCCUGGAGGGCUCACUGGAGUUGGGUGGACAGGCUGUCUCCUGUCCACAGCCACCUCCCGGGGACUAGUAGCAUUAGGACGGCCCCCUGCCCAGGAAAAGCUGCUGAUGCUUCCAGAUAAGUUCGCUUUUACCCUCUCACCCUCCAUGGAAAGCUGACAUGAACGUCAGUGGUGCCCACACUAUUUUUAAAAUGCCAUUUUAUGCAAUAAACUGUUUCUAGUGAGGGGUGCUGGCCCUGAACAGUGCUUUGCAACGUGUGGAAGGAGCUGCUGCGGUGUGAUUUUUGAAUGAUUUUGCAGUAAACCUGAUUUUUCUCA